AGCCGCACAACGCGCAUGCUCCAAGCGCGGCGCCCCCGACUUGGAGCUCGGCUCGGCUCGGGCAUUUCCGCCUCUUUGUUUUAAACUCCGGACGGGUUUUUUUUCUCCUCCUCUUGGGGGGGACCCGGAGGGAGCGGCGCCCCCUCCCCCUCCCGGCGCGGCCCCCGCGUUCGCCCCGCUCGCCCGCAGCCCGAGACCGCAGGCUUCACCAUGUAGCGGUACUCCAGGCUGUCAUUCUCAGAAAAUGGAAAGAGAGCAGAGGCCAGGAGGAAGGUGCAGAAGCGAGCCCAAGCCCGGAGCGAGGCAGGAGCAUCGUGUCGGAGUGGUGGCCUGAAGCCCCCAUGCCCCGGCAAAGGGACAGACAGGCAGACGUCUAGAGGAGGAGCCAAAGAUGCUGACCAGGAAGGUCAGGCUGUGGGACAUCAACGCCCACAUCACCUGCCGCCUGUGCAGCGGGUACCUCAUUGACGCGACCACGGUGACCGAGUGUCUGCACACGUUCUGUAGGAGUUGCCUGGUAAAGUAUUUGGAAGAGAAUAACACCUGCCCGACGUGUCGGAUCGUGAUCCAUCAGAGCCACCCGCUGCAGUACAUCGGUCAUGACAGAACCAUGCAAGAUAUUGUUUACAAAUUGGUACCAGGCCUCCAAGAAGCGGAAAUGAGAAAACAGAGGGAAUUCUAUCACAAACUGGGCAUGGAGGUGCCCGGAGACGUCAAGGGGGAGGCUUGUUCUGCGAAGCAGCACGUGGACCCCCACCGGAAUGGUGAAACCAAAGCAGAUGACAGUUCAAACAAAGAGGCCACAGAGGAGAAGCCAGAGGAGGACCACGACUACCACAGGAGUGACGAGCAGGUGAGCAUCUGUCUGGAGUGCAACAGCAGCAAACUGCGGGGGCUGAAACGGAAAUGGAUCCGCUGCUCCGCCCAGGCCACGGUCUUACAUCUGAAGAAAUUCAUCGCCAAGAAACUCAACCUUUCAUCUUUCAACGAGCUGGACAUUUUAUGCAAUGAGGAGAUCCUGGGCAAGGACCACACACUCAAAUUUGUGGUUGUCACAAGGUGGAGAUUCAAGAAGGCGCCUCUCCUGCUGCACUACAGACCCAAGAUGGACUUGCUGUGAGCAGCACCCGCACCUGCAGACUUGGCCCUCACACCCCUGGGCGUCCCGUGCGGGUGUCCUCGUGGCCACGCACUUCAGAAUGUCGCCUCUGGGUGUCGUGUGGACCAGACUUCUGAAUAGAGAAUAUUUAUAACUUUUGUAUGAGAGAAUUCACACUCGACAAGACACUACCAGCACCACGUUUACAGAGGAUGAAAACACUUCACAGUUUCGUGUAGCUGAAUGAUGCUCUUCUCUUUGCUUCAGUUCACAGACCAGAGUCAUAAAUGUAGUGUGACACGGUUUGAAAGUCACCUUCCUGACACAGAUCACCUUUGCUUGUUUCCAGGUCUCAAUUAAUCUGAGUUCAUUUCAGUUUAGUUUAUGAAUUAGGUUUAUGGUAAGCCUCAAAAAUACUUGUACUUUUAUAGAAUCCUUCCUAAGUUAUUGAAAAAAUAUCUUUUCAUGGUGAAUGAUGAUAUUUAUGUUGCCUUUAGCUUCCUGAAGACUUGGAAGAUAUAUAAAAGUUUAAUUUAAAAGCAUACCAAAAGAAGUUUCCAUUAAUGUUAUGAUUUAACCACAGUAUUUAAUUUCCCACUUUAUGAAACACAACAAAGACAGUAGCCUCUAACUCAUUAGCCUCUGUGUUGUGUGACAUUGUAGGCUGGUCAGCGCGCAGACUCUCUUGGGACACACGCUCAGCACAGGCUGGGUGAGGGGGUUCCUGCACCCACCACAGCCCGGUCACAGACACGGGGUUGCGAUUUCUGACACACUCAGCAGGGU